AUGGAUUCUGAUGAAUGGAAAAAGGAGCCGAAAUGUCACCACAAAUUUUGUUUGAUCCAUGUGAGGAAAAAUAUCUUGCAGAAGUGCAAGGGUCCUAUUGUGAAAAGCAUGGUGUGGGCAUUGGGUGCUACAACUCAAGAGCGUAAAUAUAAGAGAAGGCGGCGUGCACUGCAUGAGGAAAGCCCUGAUGCGAUACGACAGCUGAAUAGGGCCGAAAAAGAAAAUUGGUCUCUUUGUUACGAUGAUGGACUUAGAUGGGGGGUUACCUCAACAAACAUGUCGGAGUGCUACAACAAUGUUUUGAGGGGUGUAAGAGAGUUGCCAAUUAGAGCUUUGAUUGAUCUCACAUUUUGGAGAACAGUGGAAUGGUGGGCACAAAAGAAGACAAAAAUACAGCACACCGAAGGUCGGUUAACACCGUGGGCGAGGGACAAACUUGCUGAGAAUGAUGCCAAGGGGCAAAAACAUCACAUUUCUGUACUUGACCGAGGAUUAGGACAUUACCAAAUUCGAAGUCAGGCACGGUUAGAAGAUGGGAAGCCAAAGGGCAACAAUGUACAGAAGGUGCAGUUUGAAGAUUCUAAGUGCACUUGUGGGAAGUGGCAGACGUGGAGAGUUCCUUGCUCACAUGCUUGUGCAGUUGCUAGAGAUAGAGGUAUCGCUAUGUUUGAGCUCAUAUCUACAAAAUACCACAAAUCUACAUGGGAAGCACAGUAUUCUAGUCCUCAUCCAUGGGAUGCACCAAGACACGAAGAUUAUUGGGCUAAACCUGGAUGGAAAUUGGACAUCACCCCUGAGCAGUUGCUUCCUCGAAGGCGUGGCCGUGGUAGAAAGAAGAGGAUACCUAAUCAAAUGGAUGUCCGCGAGGAAGGUGAACCGAAAGCUCCCCGCCGUUGCAGGAAUUGUGGGCAAGAGGGACACGACCGAAGAAAUUGCUCAGUCGGUCGUGUUAUGUAG